AAAAUACAAAUAUAAAAAACUUCAUUAAAUUUUUGUUCUUCGUUUUGUUUAUCAAAUCCGAUUUGAAUCAACAAUUUUGUCUUUUUCCCCAGUGACAAUUACCAGCCGUCUAUAUUCACAUUUUAGGAUUUUCAUAGCUGAAAAACAAUUUUUCUCUCCUAGUUUUCAGAUUUAUCGAUCAUCAAUUUACGUUUCUAUUCAUCGUCCAUUUUCCGAUUUGUGUACGAAUAAAAAAAUGGCUACCGAAAAUAAACGACCAUUCAAACGUUUGCCUUGUUUGAUCACUCCGAUCAAUUAUCAGAUAAGAUUGGCACCAAAUUUUGAAAAAUUGUCAUUUGAAGGCUCCGAAUCAAUUGAUAUUAAAGUGAAUGAAUCAACUUCUGAAAUUGUUUUGAACUCCAAUAAAUUGACAAUGGAAAACAGUGCCGAAAAAUGCAAUGUCAAAUUGCCAAAGGAUGACAAAACAAUCAAAAUAAAAGAAAUUAAGUACAAUGCUGAAGAAGAAACUGUGACUUUAUCAUUGGAUGAAAAAUUGGAACCCGGAAUGAAUGCAAUCUUGAAUUUGGAAUUCACCGGGGAAUUUAAUAAACAAUUACACGGAUUCUACAUAAGUCGUUAUAUCGGUCCAGAUGGAAAAGAACGUUUGUCUGCUGUUACUCAAUUCGAGUCAACUUAUGCUCGCCAGGCUUUUCCAUGUUGGGAUGAACCGGCACAUAAAGCUACGUUUGAUAUUACCUUGAUCAUACCUGCUGGUGAUAAUGAUGACAAAAUCGUUGCUUUAAGCAAUAUGCCCAUGAAAGAGGAAAUUCGAGAUUCACAAAAACGACGUGUGGUCAAAUUUGAACGUACUCCUAUUAUGUCCACCUAUUUGGUUGCAUUCGUUAUUGGCGAAUAUGAUUACAUUGAAACUCGAUCCAAACAUGGUGUUCUGGUUAGAGUGUAUACACCUUUACAAAAAUCAGAACAAGGCCGUUUUGCUUUAGAUGUUGCUGCUCGAUCUUUGGAUUUUUUGACCGAUUAUUUUCAAAUUCCUUAUCCAUUGAUUAAAUUGGAUUUGAUUGCCUUAUCUGAUUUUGAUGGUGGCGCUAUGGAAAAUUGGGGUUUGAUUACCUAUCGGGAAGAAUGUCUGUUGGUUGAUCCAGCUAAUACUUCUACGAUCAAAAAACAAAAUAUUUCAUUGGUUGUUGCCCAUGAAUUGUCUCAUCAAUGGUUUGGCAAUUUGGUCACAAUGGAAUGGUGGACACAUCUUUGGCUAAACGAAGGCUUUGCAAUGUUCAUGGAAUUUCUGUGUGUGGAUCAUAUAUUUCCUGAAUUUAAUAUCUGGAAACAAUUUGUUUCUGAUAUAUUCUUAUCUGCGAUGGAUUUGGAUUCAUUGGAUAAUUCACAUCCUAUCGAAAUUCUUGUUGGCCAUCCAUCAGAAGUUGAUGAAAUUUUCGAUACUAUUUCUUAUGAAAAAGGAGCUUCCGUCAUUAGAAUGUUGUAUCAUUAUAUUGGCGAUGAAAUUUUUCGUAAAGGAAUGAAAAUGUAUCUCUCACGUCAUAGUUAUAAAAAUGCCCAAACUGAAGACUUGUGGAAUGCUUUGGAAGAGGCCAGUCAAAAACCUGUGCGUCGUAUGAUGACCACCUGGACUAUGCAAAAAGGCUAUCCCGUUGUUACUGUGAAUUGUCAAGGAUCUCGUCGAUUGGAACUCACUCAGGAAAAAUUCAACUCUAAUGGCCGUUUGUCUGAUGCUGAUAAGACAUUGUUAUGGGCAGUACCAGUUCAAGUAAUCACAGCCCAUAAUGUUCAAAAACCGAAAUCCGAAAUUCUUUUUGAAAAGCGUAACGAUUUUCUUGAACUUGAUGACACUAUUGAUUUGCAAAAAGAAUGGAUAAAAUUAAAUCCUUCGGCUGUGGCAACAUAUCGUGUCCAAUAUCAACCGGAAGAACUAUUUAUUCGUCUCUUUGAAGAAGGUAUUGGCCAACAAAAAUUAGACCCAGUCGAUCGUUUGAAUUUGAUCAAUGACCUCUACUCGAUGACAUUGGCUGGACGUAAUAAUUCGGAAGUUCUUUUCCGAGCUAUCGAUUCAUUCCGUAAUGAGUGUGAAUAUACCGUAUGGACAGUAAUAAGCAUCAUAAUGGCCAAAUAUAAUCAAUUGCUUCAUGGUUAUGAUUUUCAUCCAAAAUUUGUUCAAUUCGGUAGCAAUUUAAUCACAUACAAAGUUUUCGGAGAAAUUGGUUGGGAUCCAAAACCAGCAGAACCAUAUCUGCAAACUUUACUUCGUCCAUUGUUGAUUAAUCGUUUGGUUACAUUUGAAUAUCCUGAAAUAAUUAAAAAAUGUCAGGAAGCCUUUGAUGAUCACGUAACUAAACGCAAAUCAAUACCGGCAGAUCUUCGUUCUGCUGUAUACCGAGCUAUGGCACAUCAAAGUACGGAAGAAAUUUGGGAUAAAUUUAUGAAGCUUUACGAUGAAACCGAUCUUCAAGAGGAAAAAAAUCGACUAGCAUCAUCAUUAGGUGCUGUUAAAAAAUCUGAAUUUAUUGAUCGUGUCCUUAAAUUUGCAAUUAGCGAUAAGGUACGUUCACAAGACAGCGUUUUUGUUGUUGCCUCUGUGGCCCGUAAUCCAGUGGCUCGUCGAGCUGCCUGGGAAUUUUACCUUGCCAAUUUUGAACUAUUCAAAAAUCGUUAUGAAAAUGGAUUCCUUGGCAAUUUGUUGGUCAAAUCUGUGACCGAAAAUUUUCAAACUGAAGAAAUGGCUCAUGAAAUCGAAGAAUUUUUUCGCAAGAAUCCCGUCCAAGCUUGGGAACGUUCGAUUCAACAAUCAAUCGAAACGGUUCGAUUGAAUGCUGCCAUGAUGGCUCGGGACACUGAAAAAUUGACCAAAUAUUUUCAAAUGAAAUAAAUAAUUCAUAUAUUUCAAACAUUCGUAUAAUUAAAGAAUAAAUUGAGAUUUUAUUAA